AUGACUUCUUCAAACCUGCCGUCCCAAGCGGAAUUGAGUCAGUGUAUGAUUCUCCAGUCUCCUCUCUCCCGCUGUGGCAAAGGACCUGGAUUGAUCCUCGUUCGGCCGCUUUCUCACGCCAAAUGCCAGGAGCAGAACAAGACUCUCGACCCAGAGCCUCUGAAGAAGUGGGCUGAGGAGAGCUUUAUAGUGGUACAGAUCACUUUGGACAAGUUGAUUAACGACACACCUCUACAGCAGCUUAUUAGCAACGCCGAGCAUGCUUUACUGGAACGCCCAGAAUGCGAUGGCAAGAAGGUCGGAUUGAUAGUAAACGGAUCAAAGACGGACUAUGACUCUCAAUUCGAAAAGACAUUACAGGGUGUGCUAGCUGGAGACACUAAGUUAGCCACUGCAAUCUUAUUCGACUCUUGGGACAUCGCCCUCCAACCAACUCUCUUCCAUCUCCCCAAGAACAAGGAGAGCAAUGGAGAUCAAAUCACGCACAGAUACUCGGAUGUAUCAUCUGCCAACUUCAUGAUCCCAGGGCAUCCGGACUUCAAAAUGUCAACAGCAGGGGUGGCCCAUACUCGCAGUGUUGCGUUUAUCAAGAAGCACUUGGGCGGCCCAUUCUUUGACCUCGAGAAGAUCUGGGAUGAGCAUACCUACUACGAGUUUGGAGAUCGCUCUGUCGAGAAGACAAUGGCGACGAUGGUCCAGGAGCCCUAUGUCAAUCACGUUCCUACAUUAACUGGAGGUAUUGGACGAGCUCGUCUCAGCCACUUCUAUCUCAACCACUUUAUCUUCAAUAAUCCCGAUGAUACUGCACUUGAGCUCAUCAGCCGGACAGUUGGAACAGACCGAAUCGUCGACGAGUUUAUCUUUUGUUUCACUCAUGUGAAGCAAAUGGACUGGAUGAUUCCUGGCAUCCCCCCUACAGGCAAGCACCUGCGAAUCCCCUUCACAUCAGUAGUCAACAUCCGCGGCGAUCGCUUGUUCCAUGAACAUAUCGCAUGGGACCAAGCGACCGUUCUAGUUCAGCUUGGCCUGUUACCGGAGUACCUGCCAUUCCCCUAUGCCCUACCAGAUGGAUCUGUUCCGGCUCCAGGAAAUCGUUUCGAGUAUCGUGUCCCAGCAGCAGGCGUCGAGUCUGCAGAGAAACUGGAGAAUGAACAUGAAGUGGCCUCAAACCAGAUGUUCGAAUUUAAGAUCCGCGAAGUCGAGGAUCGAUGA